ACGAGAAAACGCUGGACGUUUUACUAAACAGGACCCAAAUAGUAAUCGGAAAACUCUAGACGGCUUCCCCACGCGCACAUCCUGUGCGUGCACAAUUAAGGCAUCUUUUUGGCGGCAUCACUUCUCCACAACUCCAAGCUUCCUCUGCAUAACUACCCGUUUCUUUCCCACACUACUCAUCCUCUCUCUCCCUCUCUCUCUCUCUCUCUCUCUAAAAUCUAUACAUAUUCAACCAGUGCCGAACCCUAACUCUCUCUCCCUCUUUCUCUUUCUUCCGCCGUUCCGCGUCUAUUUGUUUCUGUGAGCAAGAAUGGGAGCUUCUUGCAACGAAGAGCUUUCGAGCUACAGUUCUAUGAAAUCGACGGACGAUAGGCAAUUCUCGAAGCAAGUUUACGAUAACGUCCACGGAAACAUUUAUCUCGAUCCUCUCUCUUUGAAGUUUAUUGAUACUGAACAAUUUCAGAGACUUCGCGAUCUUAAGCAACUUGGUCUAACAUACAUGGUUUAUCCGGGAGCUGUGCAUUCUCGAUUUGAGCAUUCACUUGGGGUUUAUUGGCUGGCUAAUGAAGCUAUUCUUAAAUUCAAAACCCACCAAGGCUUGGAGCUUGGCAUUGAUCGUUUUGACAUACAGACAGUAAAACUUGCUGGACUAUUGCAUGAUGUGGGCCAUGGACCAUUCAGCCACUUGUUUGAGCGUGAAUUUCUUCCCCGGGUUCUUAAUGGAUUUGAAUGGUCCCAUGAGGAAAUGUCUAUCAAGAUGAUAGACCACAUUGUUGACGAGCACAAUAUUGAAAUUGAUCCUGGAAGUCUCAAGAAAGUGCAGGAAAUGGUAGUUGCUAGCACUGAGAAUGCUUCAUCAAAACACUCGCAAGAGAAGAAAUUCUUAUACGAUAUUGUUGCAAAUGGUCGAAAUGGAAUAGAUGUUGACAAAUUUGAUUACAUUGGUCGUGACUCGAGGGCUUGUGGUCUAGGCUGCAAUUUUGAGUAUACAAGGUUAUUGGAAACAAUGCGAGUUAUAGAUGAUGAAAUAUGUUAUCGUGCUAAGGAGUAUCUAACAAUCCACAACUUAUUCUCCUCUCGUGCCUAUCUGCAUCGAACUGUCUAUGGGCAUGCAAAAGUAAAGGCAAUAGAACUCAUGCUUGUCGAUGCCCUAGUAAAAGCGAAUGAUUUUCUUCAAAUUGCAUCCUACAUUCAUGAGCCAGCUCGAUACUGGAAGUUAGAUGACUCCAUAAUUAAAAACAUUGAAACCUCUUCCGAACAAGAGCUUAAGGAGUCCAGAGAUCUGAUCCAACGCGUUCGGAGAAGAGAUCUAUACCAGUUCUGCAACGAGUUUGCUGUCCCAAAAGAGAAACUAGAGCACUUCAAAAAGGUCACUUCACAGGAUAUCAUCUGUUCCCAGAGCUCUGGUGGUGUAACGCUAAAAGAAGAAGAUGUCGCUGUGAGCAAUGUCAAAAUUGAUUUGACACGCGGAAGGAAUAACCCACUCAAAAGGAUUAUGAGAGCAACGAAAAAUUCCCGAUACAGGAUGAUCGUGUCAGUCACUUACUGCCUGCAUAUUAUCAAGAUAUGAUAGUCAGGGUGUACUCGAAAAAGCCUGAACUGGUGGAAGCAGUUUCUGAGGCCUUAGAGAAUUUUCAAACGAGGACAUAUGGGAAGAAAACUCAAGUGCAUGGAACUCCUAAGAAGAAGAUACGCCGAAGGUAACUGCUAGAAUUGUUUGUCUUGCCUCAUCUGAGUUUGAGCAGGAACAUGUACAUAUUCCAUAUGUCCACUGGUUUUCGGUUUUCAGUUUUCAGUUUGAAGAUCGUACCAAAUAAUGGCACUGGCAGAUGUAUAAAGUUUAGAAAUCUUUCCCGGCACCCCCAAGCCUCGGGUAGUCAACCUUCAUUUCUGCUGCAAUUUCUCACAUACCGACUGUUGUAAGUACUGAAUAUAGUACGUUGUAAAUUCAUGAAACUGGUUCGCCUCGGGGGACUACUUUGAAGUUCCCGGACGUAGUGAAAUGCUAGAUAUAGUGGAAAUAUAGUGUUCUUAAAAAACCAGCAGCUAUUGUAACAAGUACUUGGAAUUCAUAUCGUUCUCUCUAGCUUGACUAGUUUCUGAUAAUAACUCUGUUAGCAUUGACACAUUGUCAAACUAUUGCAUAAGUCAGUAGAUACAUAGAAUUUUGCUUUGGUGGUUGUUUCCAUUUUCCAACAAGUGAAAAAUAUACGAGUUGUUCUGUUGUCGCAA